CGAGGCAGCGGCGGCUCGGCCCGCGCAGGGGCUUGCGCGGCGGUGGUUGCGGCGGCGCCAGAUGAAUUCCCGUGAGGUGUUUGCCCCAAGUGCCGGCGAGGAGAAGCUCGGAGGAGCGGCUGCAGGAGCGUGAGGACCGCGGUUUGUCGCUGCUGAGUGCCUGAAGCUGGCUGAGAAAAGAUAAAGCCACCGGAGUGUGCUACCAAGUUACAGAACAGCUGUCUUUUCAAACAUACAAACAGAAAGGAUAUUCUCUACUUCCUUUAUUAAAUGGUUGAGCCAUGCCUCUGGUGAAAAGGAAUAUCGAACCAAGGCAUCUCUGCCGAGGAGCUCUGCCAGAGGGAAUAACUAGUGAACUGGAAUGUGUAACGAAUAGUACCCUCGCUGCUAUCAUCCGCCAGCUAAGCAGCUUAAGCAAACAUGCUGAAGACAUAUUUGGUGAAUUGUUUAAUGAGGCUAACAGCUUCUACAUCAGAGCAAAUUCCCUUCAAGACAGAAUUGAUCGCCUUGCUGUCAAAGUUACCCAGCUGGAUUCAACAGUAGAAGAGGUAUCGUUACAGGAUAUCAACAUGAAAAAAGCUUUCAAGAGUUCAACAAUUCAAGAUCAGCAGGUAGUUUCAAAGAACAGCAUUCCUAACCCAGUGGCUGAUAUUUAUAAUCAGAGUGACAAACCGCCUCCUCUGAAUAUUCUUUCGCCUUAUAGGGAUGAUAAAAAAGAUGGAUUGAAGUUCUAUACUGAUCCUUCCUAUUUUUUUGAUCUUUGGAAAGAAAAAAUGUUACAAGAUACCGAAGAUAAGCGAAAAGAAAAGAGGAGACAAAAGGAGCAAAAGCGUAUAGAUGGCACCACCCGUGAGGUGAAAAAGGUUAGAAAAGCCAGAAACAGACGCCAGGAGUGGAAUAUGAUGGCGUAUGACAAAGAGCUUAGACCUGACAACAGGUUGUCUCAAAGUGUGUACCAUGGAGCAUCUUCCGAGGGAUCACUGUCCCCAGAUACUAGGUCCCAUGCAUCUGAUGUUACAGAUUAUUCUUAUCCUGCCACUCCGAAUCAUUCCCUCCAUCAGCAGAUAGCAAUGCCUUCAUAUGGAACAGGAGAUGGUCCACAGUACAUGGGAGUAUCCCAAAGCCAUGAGCAUGAAUACAGACCACCUUCUACCACAGCACGACAUGCUACUUUAAACAGACCUCAGCAACCACCUCCACCUCCACCCCAGCCUUCAGAUGGGCAGCAUAGCUCAGUACCUGUGGUACCAGCAGAAUAUGGGAUGGUUCCAGCUCAGAUGGUGGAUUAUUACAAUCCUACGGGGCCUCCCCCUCCUCCUCCCCCCCCAAUGAUCCCUUCAGCCCAAACUGCGUUUGUGAGUCCCCUUCAGCUUCCUGUGCCACCUUCCCAUUCCGGACUGGUGACAGGCUCUACAUAUGCAGCUACUCAUCCUCCUCCUCCUAGUGGGCUUGUUGUCACCGCUCCUCCUCCUCCUGGCCCACCUCCCCCUCCUCCAGGCCCUCCUGCUGCAGCUUCAUCCCUCUCUUCCUCCCCCAUGCAUGCUCCUCCAGCUGCUGAGGCAAAACGCCAUGACGCUGCACAGCCGCCAAUAAGUGAUGCACGAAGUGAUCUUCUUGCUGCCAUCCGAAUGGGAAUUCAGCUGAAAAAAGUGCAAGAACAACGCGAACAAGAAGCAAAGCGGGAGCCUGUGGGAAAUGAUGUGGCAACCAUCCUUUCAAGACGCAUCGCUGUGGAAUACAGCGAUUCAGAUGACGAUUCAGAAUUUGAUGAGAACGAUUGGUCAGAUUGAACCUGCUCUAAGCACACUGGCAAGUUCGUGAAAUACUUGGCGUCAGUGAUUGCUUUCUUAGCACGAUGUAAAGCAGGAUGUUGACAUGUAUUAAGGCUAGUGAUUGAAGUGCUAAAAUUGAAUUGGUAUUAUUCAGAAUGCUGUAGCUUAGCAACUCUGGUAAUAAUGUGAUUAUGCUUAUGCAGAUCAGAAACUUGUCUUACUUUCAGUAUUUACCGCAUAAUACUUAAGUGCCACUAAAUGUAGCAAAUCAUGUGCUGCGUGCAAAAUACGCUGCAGUUGUUGCACUGUUACAGAACCAGCAUUUUAUUUUACUUUCCUGAUCUUAAGGGAUAAAAUAUAUUUUUUUGACUUUGCAUCUUACUUUUUUAAUUAUGUAAACAACCUGGGUACUUGUGAAUUGGUCUGCUUGUUAGUCUUUGAGGACGGUUAACUAUGACUGGGUGAAGUGUUGAGUUCCAUAAAUACACAACUUUUAGCUUUUUAUUAGAUGCUAAUUAUGCCCAUGUUAAAAUGCAGCAGACAGUAACUAAAUACCUACUUAGUCUAUUUUUAAGCACAUCUGGGCUUAGUUUUUUGCAUACAGAUUUAAUUUUAUAUAACUCAAUGUUUUUUAAUAUUAAAAACGUAGCAGAUGAUGAAACGUAUGCUUUGCAGAAUGAAUCCACGUGAUCCAAAAUUAACACGUUAUGAGCAAACUGGACAAAUUUGUAACAGUAAUAGCCCUAGGUUGCUGCCUGCUUGUUGGGUAGAAUGCUGGGAAGCCUCAGAUGGGUAGUGAAUGUGUCUGUAUUACAAAAGAGGGUUAAAACACCUGUACAGCUUUUCAGUUUUAUGAUACAGAUCAACUAGACACAAAAAUAUCAGGAUAGACCUGAUAGAAGCCAGGUGGUUGUUGCAGUGUAGAAAUGUUAUGCUGUUAUUGCUGAAGAGUGGAACUCUGCCAGUCUACAUCUAGCAGUCAGAUACAUUUCACAAGUACUAAACUUGGUCCUUAUGCUUGUAGGUACAAAUACUUGUAAAUAAGUUUUGUUUGUUGAUUUGUGUAUGUAUAGUCAUGACAGAUUGUUUUUGGUUUCCUGUAGCACAUUUACUCAAAACUACUAUUACUUUGAAUGUAUUUCUUUCCUAGUACAUCGCAUUUAUGUAACAGUUAUUGGCAGAUAAAGCAGUUUUAAUGGCUGUUUAGGUACUGUGCUGUCUGUGUGCAUUCUUUUUCUCUUUUCGUUGGAACAGUUGCUGACAGUCUGCUUCGGCUGUCUGUUUUCUUUAAAAGUAAUUCAUAUUUUUUCUCAGUACAGUAUUAAAAUGUUCUUUUUUCUCUUGGACUGGGAGUAGGGCUGCUGCUUUGCCUGAUGAGGCUUUUAAGAGGAGAAAGUUCUUUCGUUAACAGAUUAAUUUUAAUCUUUGUAACAGAAGUCAGUGUAAUUCCAGGUCUAAACAUUGGUAAAAUGCAUUUGUUCUGUGAGGCCCUGUCUGUUCUUAAAAAUAACAAAGAAAAAAAAUAUACUAAAUGAAAAUUAAAAAAAAAAUGAAAUGGAAGAUCAUUAUCUAACCUCUGUUUACACAAUUAAGGGUUUUUAGUCCUGAGAAUGUAACAGCCUAACAAAAUGUUUGCAUGCAAGCUGCUGGCUAUUUCACUGCUGUUCAGUCUGCAUAUAUUUUUUUCAAUCUGUGAUGGUCGUUUAUACGGUAGGGUGGCAACAUGCUGCCUCCGUGCUGGUGUUAAAGACUUACCUUAUGAAGUCCAACCAAUCUCUGCAUAAUGCAAUCUGCAACUACAGUUCCUGUCAGUCAGUGGCAGCUGAAGGUACUCCUCUCAGUUUGCUAGUUCUGUUCUUGUCUUGGCCUUAAAUACAAAGCUGACUUUUGCUUUAUUUUGUGCACUGGAGUCUGAGGUCUGCGUGUCCACAGAGGCCGUAGCUUGAUGAAGGUUUAUAAUGCACGAGAGAUGGUUUGUUCUGAUCAUAACGACGCCCUUGCAUGGUGGCUUGCAAAAUGGUUCUCCAGAUGAGUCGGAUCGAAGCGCGACUCAGACUGCAGUGUUACGUAGCUGUACAGGUGGGGAGAGUACUCUCAGUAUUCUUUUACUACGUGUUGAAAUGUAUCAGCAGAAAAUUCUUUCCAUUCUACUGAAAUUUGAUAUGACAGAAGAUUUAUUUUAUGAGCACAGAGGCUGGGUGUAUCUGAAAUUUUGUAAUUUGAUGUUUUUAAAUAAUAAACAUUAAACAAGCAACCAGUUGUGACCGGUUAAGAUGGUGUAAAUUUUUCAGUCUUGGUAGCCAACCUGUUUUUCUGAAUCUGCUACGUUGUCAUUUUCCUUUCAGUAUUAAUUAAUAAAAAUGUGAAUUUAGUGAUGUAAACUAACAUUCUAGGCUGUUUUUAUCAGUUUUAUCAUACUUUGGGUUGUGAAUAAGUAACAAAUAUGAAUAAAAUCUCACUUUUGA